AUGGCCCUGCUGCUCCUGCUGGCCAGCGCCCUGGUCUGGGACCCUGGCUGCCCAAGGUGGGGAGAGGUGGCAGGCAGCCUGGUCCUGCAGGCCCCACGGCCCCUGGGUGCGGCCCCAAACCGUGAUACCGCGGCUACCGAGGGCCAUCCCAGCGUCCCUGCCAUUGUCCCUCAAAGAGGGUGUCCUCUGCUCUUCUGCCCAGCCUGUGGUGACAGCAGCAGGCCCUCCACAGAGGUGCAGCAGUGUCCCCGCUACACGGCCCUCCCGGAGGGGGCCUCGGUCAACAUCACCUGCUGCACCAGUGGGCCCCUGCAAGGGAUCUACCUGAGGCGAAGCUGGCCGCAGACCACAAACGUGAUCUACUACGAAGACAACAGACCAUCCACUGUCGACCAGCAGUUCCAGGGCCGAGUCCACCUCUCAGGGACUCAGGACAACCUGACCAUCACCAUGCACCGCCUGCAGCGGGCGGACCUCGGGCACCUACACCUGCGAGGCUGUGCUGGAUGCCACGUCCUGGGCCCCGGCACCAUGCUCAUGAAAAAAACAGCCCAGGUAGUGCACAGGUGCCAGGAGCCUCUGCCGACGUCCCUCGCCCUCCCCCAUUGCCCUGGCUGUGGGCUUCUUCCUCAUGGGCUGGGCCUGGGGGUGCUGUGCACCCUGAGAAGGACGCAGAUCAAGGGAAUGUGCACCUCGAGGGAUAAGAGCUCGGCCAGCGUGGUGUAUGAGGACAUGUCCUACAGCCGCUGCAACACCCUGUCCACCCCCAACCAGUACCAGUGAGCCCACCAGGCCCUCAGUGCCCCUCUGCCCGCUGUGCCAGUCCCUGCCUCAGACCCUGCUGACCUGCUGGCCCAGGGCAUGGUGCUUCUUCUCCGUGGAUGGGGCACCUCACCCAGGAAGCCUCCCUGCCCAGCUCCCAGGCCCUCGAGGGCCUCUGAUCAUGCUGCCCCCAGGGACACACUGCGGCAGUCCCCGCUGCCCUUCCUGGCCGGCAGCCGAGGGGGGCUUGCUCUGUUGGUUACUUAGGUGUGUGGCAGGUCCAGAGCCCCUGGAGCAACCUGGCAAAGGGCGCAGGGGUAGGUCCCCCACUCAGCCUUGCCAGGAUAUAAGUGCAGA